AUGUAUGCUGCCACACAUCAUCCAGUCACAACAGUACCUCGAUGUUCAACCGCAAGUACACAUGAUAUACAAUCGAUAUCAUCAUCAUCAUCAUCAUCAUCAAAAGAAUACGAACAAAUGCCAUUGGUUUCUAUUGAAACCGCUACUGCUCCACUAAUGAAGAUCGUUCCCAAUCUUGAACAGAUGGUUACAACAGCAAAAUUGAAUUGUUACGCACCAGAUGAUAGUUUAUCACCGGAUGAAUCCGCUUCGAUUAUGCUUUAUACAAUGGAAUGGUCGACAAAAGAACAAUCAUUUUGUUAUUUUCUCAAUCGAGCAUUGAAUUCAAAUGACGAAAAACAACUUAGACCAUGGUUUCACUAUUUAAAACUUGUUUCUCAUGCUUUAGCAAAACUGAAAACACAACAUCGUACUAUCUAUCGAGUCAUUACAGAAGAUGUCAGUCGUCAAUACCAAGAAGGAAACAAAUUUGUUUGGUCUGAAUUUAUUAGUGGUACAACGUAUGUUAAAGCACUUGGUGAUGAGAAAAAUUCUAGUCAAGAUAGUAAACGAACUCUAUUCACUAUCGAAUGUGAAACUGGCAAAGAUAUUAGUCGUCAUACAUUCAGUGAUGAACAUGAUGAUAUUCUACUUAUACCCGGUCGACAAUUUGAAGUCGUCUCCUGUUUCGAUCCAGAUGAUGGAUUUCGAAUGAUUCAAAUUAAAGAAGUAAUAUUUACAUAA